AUGGUGGGAGUUUAUUUGAUUCAAGAAACAGAAGGCAAAGUUCGAAUUAUUCGGGAUAGUUUGAAAGCUGCAUCUGAUCAUCAGAAAUCUUAUGUGGAUCUGAAAAGAAAAGAUAUAGGAUUUGCAGUUGCCGAUCGAGUAUUCUUGAAAGUUUCUCCGUGGAAGAAAGCGCUGCGUUUCAGCAGGAAUGGAAAGCUGAGUUCAAGAUUUAUAGAACCGUACGAGAUUGUUGAAAGAAUCGGCCCUGUAGCUUAUAGAGUAGCUUUACCUUCUGAACUCAAGAAAAUUCGUAAUGUGUUCCAUCUAUCGAUGCUGAGACGGUACAAAUAUGAUCCUUCGCAUAUGAUUCCUUAUAGUGAGAUUGAGUUACAGCCAGAUUUGACGUAUUCGGAAGAACCAAUGAGAAUUUUAGCUCGGGAAGUCAAAAAACUACGAAAUAAACGAGUCCCGUUAGUAAAAGUCUUGUGGCAUCGUCAUGGUUCAAAAGAAGCUACCUGGGAAAUCGAGGAAUCAAUGAAAUUACAGUAUCCAAAUCUAUUUUCAGGUAACUAUUUCGAGGACAAAAUUUCCUAA